AAAAGCCGGUAGAUGAGGCGCGCUCCAUGCUUCAUAAAACGAUUUGGCGCGAAGGAGAACGGACGGUUUUUCCCCUUCUCUCAGUUAUUAUUAUAAAUAUACAAAAACAAUCUAAUCUGCUUGAAUUAAUUUAACCAAGUGUUAUUAAAAAUUUCAUUCAUUUUCACCGCAAAGAGAAAACAAGUUAACCCAAGAAUUGUUGUCAAUCGAUAAGUAUUUGUUCGUGGAAAUAUAUUCCGUCAAAUCUGGAUAUCGUCACCGGUUUUUGUUGUCGAAACCCGAAGAUAGUUUCAAGAUGGCAGUACCCAAAGGAUCAACGCAGAAGAACAUUCAUAAUUUGAGUUUUCAACCUCUGUCCCAGGGCGAUCCCGGCUUCGCCAUGUACCCGGCCCCUGGUAGCGGGCCACCAUCGCCCCUCCCCGUGGUGGCUCUCACCAAGGGUGGGGAUGAGAACACGGACCGUGGCAACUGGAGCAACCAUGCCGAAUUUCUCUUGUCCUGCAUCGGCUACGCCGUGGGUUUGGGGAAUGUCUGGCGAUUCCCUUACCUGUGCUACAGCAACGGAGGGGGAGCGUUUUUGAUCCCCUACCUGAUCAUGUUGCUGUUUGCUGGUCUUCCUCUCUUCUUUUUGGAGCUUGCCUUUGGCCAAUACAGCAGCAAUGGGCCCAUCCGCUGCUGGAACUCCGUCCCGAUGUUCAGAGGUGUUGGGAUAGGCAUGGUGAUCGUCUCCGCCUGGGUGGGCAUCUACUACAACGUGGUCAUCACCUACACCCUGUAUUACAUGUUCCAAUCGCUGACCACCAGCCUGCCCUGGGCAGGGUGCGGCCACGAGUGGAACACCCCCUACUGCAGCGACCUGGUCAAGGAUUGUCUGGCCAAUGGCGGCAUUAUGACUGUCAACAACACCUGCGAGGACAUAGGCAACCUGACUACGGUCGAGCUGGCCGAGUACAACGUCACCGAAGAUGGUAACCUCACCGACUACGUCGAUCCCUUGAAAGAAAUGAGGAUACGCCCGAGCGAGGAAUUCUACAGGAAUCGGAUGCUUCACGAUUCCGGCGAUAUUGGAGACUCUGGAUACAUCAUCUGGCAGCUAGCGUUGUGCCUGGGCCUGGCCUGGCUUCUUGUUUUCGGCUGUCUGGUCAAGGGCAUCAAGUCAUCUGGAAAGGUCGUUUACUUCACUGCUACAUUUCCCUAUGUCGUCUUGGUCAUUCUUCUCAUUCGCGGAGUCACGCUGGAUGGAUACUGGAAGGGAGUUGAAUUUUUCGUCACUCCGAGGUGGAGCCAUCUGGGCGAGGCAAAGGUGUGGAAGGAUGCAGCCGUGCAGAUUUUCUACUCGCUCAGUGCCUCAUGGGGAGGUCUUAUCACCCUUUCUUCCUACAAUAAAUUCCGUAACAACUGCUUGAGAGAUGCCAUCGUGGUUCCCUUUUUGAAUUGUGGAACUAGCAUCUUGGCCGGUUUUGUCAUCUUCUCGAUUCUUGGUAAUAUGUCGCACGAGCUGGACGUACCUGUCGACCAAGUUGUCGACGAAACUUUCGGUCUUGCCUUCAUCGUCUACCCUGAGGCUGUGCUCCAUUUCCCCGCUGCUCCUGUUUGGUCAUUCCUGUUCUUCUUCAUGUUGCUGACUCUCGGACUCGACAGCCAGUUCUGCAUCGUCGAGACUGUCGUAACAGCCGUCAUGGACCAAUUUCCCGAGAAGUUGAAGGGCAAAAAGACGUGGGUUGUUCUCGGAUACUGCACCGUUAGCUUCCUUCUCGGAUUGAACACUGUUACUCAGGCUGGUAAUUACUGGGUGUGGCUCAUGGACAAGUACGCCGCCGACUUCGCCCUGUUGAUCUUCGGUCUUAGUGAAUGCAUCGCGCUGGGUUGGCUGUACGGCAUCAAGCGAUUCACCAACGACAUCCGCACCAUGCUGGGAGACCGGGUCGUGGAUUCCAUCUUCUUCAAGUGGUGGCCCCUGAACUGGUGUUGCAUUACUCCAUGUGUGCUCUCUUUUGUCCUCUUGUUCAACUGGAUUUCCUGGACCGACCCCACCGCCAAGGACUACGAGUUCCCGCCUUGGGCCCACGCCAUCGGCUGGCUCAUGAUCUCUUCCACGCUCAUCUUUAUCCCCAUUGUCUGGGUGUGGGAGUUCCUUCGUGCCGAGGGUGGUGUUAGAGAUAGACUUCGUACCAUGAUCACACCCACCGCCGAAUGGGGUCCAGCUCUCGCCGAGCACCGCCGGGACGCUGAGCGUGUCCACAAGGCCAACGAUACCACCUUCGGCGGAGUUGUUGAACGCGAGGUUGCGGGCAAACUGACCGCCAAAUACAUGCCGUGUGAGGAUGGGGUCGUCGUGUCGUCUCGCCCGUCUUCCCCCCUGGAAGGCGCUACCGCUGGGGCAAUCACGCUGAACGGAUUCAAUGGUAACGCCGUUUGAAGUGGGCUCUUCACCAACCGAGGAAGAAAUGGGUAGGAAUGGGGGGAUGUAGUGAGGACUGGAGCACACCGGCCGGGCCAAGUGCCCUGUAAUAAGAAUAAGAACAUACCUUGCUUUAAAAGAAAAAGCCCGUGCUCUACUAUAGGAACGCAAAAAAGCUGAGGGAACAAACUGGGACCACGCAAGCGGGCCAGGAAAGGAUGACACUUUGUUGCAAAGGAAAAGACACAACAGCUGCAGCAUUAAAUCUAGCGAGAUCGUUGCUAGUGCUUCUUCCAUAAAUCCUGGAUGCUGGGCUUUCUUGGAGUGCAACAUCACCAAAAGCCUUUCCCAACAAACGGCACCACCUAUACCUAUAAUUACGACAACAUUGAAUGCAAUGCAAGUAUUAAAAGUGUUUUGAUAAACAGGGUCGGUCAUCUCAGGCAGACACUCACUACAGGGUGAGUAAAAAAAAAAGAAACCCAAAUUUCAGGUCCAUUAUUUAAUGAAAAUCACAUACAUCCCAAUAUUAAUUGGUUUUGUUGAAAGAACAAUUAUCUUUUGGUGAUCCAUGGACAGAACUUUAAUUAAAACGGUGAUUAUGUUCAAAUUUCGUUACUUGAAAAGUACAAGAGUGAUUUGAACGAUUCUUGUACUAAAAGAAAGCUCAUUGAUUGGGCUUUCAGAUCCUAGAUUUUGAAAGUGCUACAUGCAGAACUUCAUUAAAUAACUGGUCCUGCCAUUCGGUUUCUUUUUUUUUUCCGUUUCCCUGUAUAGCAUUAAUUUGCUUGAAACAAGAAAUAAUUUUUUUAAGUGUUGUGAAAACAGGGUCAGUCAUCUCAGGCAGAGACUCACUAACACAUUUGCAUCUUGCCUUUUGUACUGUCAAAGGUUUUUAUUAUAAUUAACAAUAUGCACCAGUGGCUGAAAGUUAUAAUCAGGCAUCCCAAUCGUGUGCUAAACUGCGACGGUCUCCCUCUGUCUGGUAAAUUCCAACUCUUUUAAAUAAACUCUUCAAAACAUCAGAACCCAAUAUCAUAAUUUGAAAAUGUAAACGCCAAUAUUCUGUCAUAAUGAGGAGAAAAAAAUCAGACACCAAAAAAAAAAAUCAAAAAUGUGACCGUGCAUAUGUUGUCAAACAUUCGAAUGCGAAUUUCAGAUGUAAAUGCUUUGGUUUUCUCCCUAUUUUAUAUCUGUGACAUGCUGGAAUUUAAUGUUAUUCCAAUACUAAAAAUACCAAUACCAAAGUGGAAAAAGUUGAAAACUAAGAACAGAAAUUUGGCGACAAAAUAUUAAUGCUUUGGAAAACCCGUAGAACUCUCGACCAUGUGUGUGAUGACUGAAAAAAAGUGCUCUUUAAUAUAAUACAUGUGCAUUUUAAAAAUUACAGUGCAUGCAGUGUGUUUGUUUGAUAGUUUCCAUUAAACUGUUUUGUGUUAUUUUCUGUAAAUAAUUGUGGUAAUGUUACAAUAGUGCCAACGUGAAAUCAUUUAUGUGUGCAUGUAUAGAAGGCGACGCAACCUUUAUUAUUCAAGGGAAUAUAGUUCGUGUAUCGGAUAAAGUAAAAACAUACAACCAGAAACAAAAGGCUUAGUCAUAAUUGUAUCAAAAUGAAGAGAACAAACUCAUUAGAUUUGUGUUCACAAAAUAUGUGCUUGCAAACUUCAGGAAUACAAAAAAGGAAGAACUCUUAAAACUUCAAAUUUCACUGAAAUAACAUCGUUCAAGGCACGGAGGAACAUUGCCCCAAGAUGGCCCUACCGAUUACAGGGAAUGUACAUCAUUGGCUUUUGCUGUAAUUUUCAGAAAUGAAUAAUUUGAGGGGUUAGUAUAAUAGAUCAAAUAUUGUUACACUGACAUGUUCGAAGUUUUAAAAGUGAGUGAAAACUUCGCUUAAAGUGAAGGGGACUGGUAUACCAAAAUACCGUGAGAAAUUAUUCCACCUGAAUGGUAUCGUUCGGAAUUAUUAACGGUACAUGUAGUAAAAAAAAAAAAACAGUGGGCACGUUUUCUCUAUUUUCUCAAAAUGUACUAUAGUACCCAUGGAGAUAAAACUUCCACAGUUUACUUAUGGCAUUCUGAGCAAUAUUGUUGCUUCAAACGAAAAGGAACAAAAUAUGGGUAAUGAUCCCUCGUGCCUUUAACAUAAAAAAGGGCUACGUUUUUUCUCAAUAAAAUAAAUAUAUGUCCAGGUUAACUGUACUUUAGAUAAAUGCCAUUUCGCGUGCAAUUUAUACUAAUAUUUAUGUGCAGGUUUAUUAUCAAGACACAAUGCAAGUACUCAAUGGUGUGUUACAUGUCUUUCUGAAAUGUUCCUUGCUAAAUGUCGAUUGGGCAUUGUCAAUGCAUUGUAAUGAACUUCUGGUUGAUGUUAUUUAUUUGGUUGUGAGCUGUGUUACCGUUACAUGUUUCUUAUUACGUUUUAGAAAACAGUCUUAACUUUUAAGUAAAAUCAUGUUUAGUAUCAUUUCAAUGAACUCUACUUGAGACUAUUUUGUGCAUCAGUGAAUCGAAAGACAUUAUCUACCGGAUCAUGUAUUACACUAGAUUUGUGGUUUGAGUGUUCCAAAAAUACAAAAGAAAAAUCAAGGUACCAUAAAAGUAAAUCGCACAGAAUUCAAAACGAGGUGCACUUUAUUUUCAUUUUGCCGACUUGGGCAUAUUUAUUUUUACCAUCUCAAUCCUUACUGUACAGAACAUUAAUUAUUGUUAAAAAAAAGGCGUAUUUAUUUAUUUGUAUUUUCCAUUAUAUUUUGUAUAUUCAUUGGGUUUUUAUAUAAUAUGUUGGGUUUGCAUGACAACAGAGAUUCAUUUUUUAAAUCAUCAAAUAAGGCGAUUAAGAAAGUAUUAUUAGCAGAAUUGUUAGUGUUUACUCAAAUUUUGAACACCUGAGAUUUUGUUGAUGCAAAGGCAUAAUACUAUUUGAAAACGUCAAUGUGUUUUUAAAACAUUUUUACCAAGUAAAACAAAAAUAUGGAUCAAUGUCAGUCGUGUAGUAUAUAUACAUAUGUACAUUUUCAAUGACUAGAGCAUACGAGGGCACCAGUAUGUACAAUCAUGUACGUAUUUCACAAACAAUCUGAUGGUGGUUCACAUUUUCAGUAAGUUUGUUGAGAUCCUGUGUGAUCAUAACCGAUUCUGGUGUGUAUGGAUAUAGAUUGACAGCACAAUAUCCAUCCUCGUGUUUAGUUUGCAAUAGUUUGCAGGCCGAAGCCGGAUUUUGCAGGCUUUUCCUCCCGCCAACCUUGUGAACUCAUUAAUGGCACGCAGGGCGAUCUUUCAACUUGAUCAGCCUUUCGAGAAAGCUGCAAAAGGCAAACGGUGUUAUCGUAGUGUAUGUGGGUUAGAGCUCUGUAUAACUAGGCUAGUUUAUUACCGAGUAGUAUUGUGUGAGAGGUGUUCGCAUGCAGUAUCUGACAUCGAUCGACUUCCGGUCACUCUUUGAGUGUGACGUCAUUCGCGCUGCAUGAUGGGUAAAGCUUCCUGUAGCUUGAGCCCAAAAGCAGAUCGAAAUCAAUGGCUGACGUUUGUAAAGACUUCGGAAGGGAAAUAAAAGGGUCUCGUUUGGCAUCAAUGAUAAAUAUCUUCGAAAACGGACAAAGGCAACCUCAUUUGUAAAUUUGAUCACGUGUAGAUACAUUUGUAGAAAAUAAUAUUGCAUGCAUCACCUAGAAAUGUACAGCUUGUAUUAAAAUGGGAGAAAAAAAUUUACGAAAAAAAAAAAUGAAGAAAAAAAGUUGUGAAUUAUUUUACACAAUGCAAAAAAUACAAAAACAAAAAAAAUAUAAAAUCGUUAACAAAAAACCAGUUCUGAUGUAGAUGUACACUAACCCACUUUUAAACCCCUGAAACUGCAAAUCGCAAGACAGCAACAUUUUUGGCUUGUAUUUUGUACAUGUACUACUAAAAGCUGUUAUUUAAUGAUGUAAACAAUCGCAAGACAGCAACUUUUGGUUUGUAUUUAUACUACUGAAAGCUGUUAAUGUUAGUUAAUGAUGUAAACUACAUAGUCCACCAAUAAGGCUCUAUCCAGAAUCCUGUAAUCAAGAUGAUAUUAGACCAGCCCCUGUUUUACUUUAAAAUAAUUAAUAGAAUUUUCGUUUGAAGUUUUCAGCAUUUUAAUUGUUUGGAAUUUUAAAAUAAAGAGGUUAUCCCUGCAGAACUGUACAA